CUGAGCUGCAGCUGCGCCAUCGGCGCAGGAGGCGGGAGGCGGGGCUGCCCGGCCGGCGCCGGAAGCACGAGUGGAGGAGAGAUGCAGGACCACCAGCACGUGCCCAUCGACAUCCAGACCAGCAAGCUGCUCGACUGGCUGGUGGACAGGCGGCAUUGCAACCUGAAGUGGCAGAGCCUGGUGAUGACCAUCCGGGAGAAGAUCAAUGCUGCCAUCCAGGACAUGCCGGAGAGCGAAGAGAUCGCCCAGCUGCUUUCCGGCUCCUACAUCCACUACUUUCACUGCCUACGAAUCGUGGACCUUCUCAAAGGCACCGAAGCUUCCACAAAAAACAUUUUCGGCCGGUACUCUUCCCAGCGAAUGAAGGACUGGCAGGAGAUCGUGGCCCUGUAUGAGAAGGACAACAGCUACCUGGUGGAGCUCUCCAGCCUCCUCGUCCGGAACGUCACCUACGAGAUCCCCUCGCUGAAGAAGCAGAUCGCCAAGUGCCAGCAGCUGCAGCAGGAGUACAGCCGCAAGGAGGAGGAGGGCCAGGGCGGGGCCGCGGAGAUGCGGGAGCAGUUCUACCACUCAUGCAAGCAGUACGGCAUCACGGGAGACAAUGUGCGGAGGGAGCUGCUGGCCCUGGUGAAGGAGCUCCCCAGCCAGCUGGCCGAGAUCGGGGCGGGGGCCCAGGCCCUGGGGGAGGCCAUCGACCUGUACCAGGCCUGCGUGGGCUUCGUGUGCGAAAGCCCCGAAGAGGAGGUGCUGCCGAUGCUGCGGUUCAUGCAGAGGCGGGGCAACGCCACGGUGUACGAGUGGCGGACGGGGACCGAGCCCGCCGUGGUGGAGCGGCCAGACCUGGAGGAGCCGCCCGAGCCGGUGGAAGAGGACGCGAUCGACUGGGGCGACUUCGGGGUGGAGGUGGCCUCUGAAGGGACAGACCCUGCCCAGCCCGCCGGCAUUGACUGGGGCAUCUCCCUGGAAUCAGACUCCAAGGAAGCCUGGGGAGACGAUGCUGCCGCUCUGCAGAUCACCGUGGUGGAGGCUGGAACCGAGGCUCCGGAAGGUGUUGCCAGGGGCCCCGAUGCCCUGACGCUCCUCGAAUACCCCGAGACCCGGAAUCAGUUCAUCGAUGAGCUCAUGGAGCUCGAGAUCUUCCUGUCCCAGAGAGCAGUGGAGAUGAGCGAGGAGGCCGACAUCCUGUCUGUGAGCCAGUUCCAGCUGGCUCCAGCCAUCCUGCAGGGCCAGACCAAGGCGAAGAUGGAAACCAUGGCGUCACUGCUGCAGGACCUGAUUGGCCGGCUCACCAAUCUCCGAAUGCAGCACCUGUUUAUGAUCCUGGCCUCACCCAGGUACGUGGACAGAGUGACCGAGUUCCUCCAGCAAAAGCUGAAGCAGUCCCAGCUGCUGGCUCUGAAGAAGGAGCUGAUGGUGCAGAAGCAGCAGGAGGCACUGCAGGAGCAGGCAGCUCUGGAGCCCAAGCUGGACCUGCUGCUGGAGAAGACCAAGGAGCUGCAGAAGCUGAUCGAAGCUGACAUUUCCAAGAGGUACAACGGGCGCCCCGUGAACCUGAUGGGGACCUCUCUGUGACCCUCACGCCUCCUGCUCGUCUCCUCGGCCUUCAGGACGGGGCGGGGAUGCCAGGGCUGAUGUGGCAGGGCCUUUCCCAGCAAGAGACCAGGCUGCUGGAGGACGGAAAGCCACGUGCGGGAACCAUCACCCAGAUGGUGACCUUGGCACUCACUGGACUCUGCAAGAAGCUGUCUUGUGGGCCCUGUAGCCUGUCAGCCUGACAGCCCAGCGCCUCCCUGUUAACCCAGCUGGACUUAAUAAAGAGGAAGAGACUGGCU